GUUUUCCGGCAGGUGCUGGAUCAGCUGGAUCUCCACCUGCGCUCAUCCCAAUAUUUCCGCUUCCUGUGGUUCCCGCACAGCGACCACGUCCGGAUCAUCUACCAGGACCCCACGGAUCCGCAGGCUCCCAGCUCCCCUCCGUCCAGCUGGCUCUGGGAUCGCGCCGUGGGGCAUCACCUGCUGGAAUUCCUGCUCUGGAUCAGACCGGGAUUGGGGUGUUUCCCGCUCAGUGGGAACACUCGGGAAGCGCUGAUGGAUCUCCAGGCGGCUCUGGACGCCCAUCCCGGCCUGGGGGCCCAUUUCCCGGUGGAAGUUCGCUUUUCCAAGGGGGAUGAGGUGUGGCUGAGCCCCUGCUUCCAGAGGGACAGCUGCUUCAUCAACGUCGUCCUCUACAGGCCGUACGGGAAGGACGUUCCCAGGCGGGAAUACUGGCGGAUCUACGAGGGGAUCAUGAGGAAACACGGAGGGAGACCCCACUGGGCCAAGGCCCACAGCUGCACCAGGCCGGAGCUGGAGAAGAUGUUCCCGGCAUUCCCAAAGUUCUGCUCCGUGCGGGAGCGCCUGGAUCCCACCGGCAUCUUCCUCAACCCCUACCUGGAAAGGGUCUUCUGCUGAUUGGG